CUCGCCUCUUCCAAUUCCUUCCUGUCUUUGGCAGUAGUUUCCUCUGACAGUGAUAUGAGAGGUUUCAGCGAUGUCCAGCAGCAUGCUCUACUAUGGAGAGGUUCACAACUGCACUAGAGUGGAUCAAUUGUUGAAACGCUAUCUCCUGCCCAUCGCCUACUCAAUCAUCUUCAUUGUGGGUCUGGUGGGAAAUGUCAUUUCCAUCUGCGUGUACGUGACAAAGCUGCGUCCCUGGAAAAGCAGCAGCAUCAUCAUGGUCAACCUCGCGGUCACCGACCUCCUCUACGUCCUCAGCCUGCCCUUCCUGGUUCACUACUACAGCAACGCAGACGCGUGGGUGCUCGGCGACUUCAUGUGCCGCUUCGUCCGCUUCGGGUUUCACUUCAACCUGUACGGCAGCAUCCUCUUCCUGACGUGUCACGCGCUUUUCCGUUACGUGGUGGUGGCGUACCCGUGGAGGUCAGCUCAGGUGCAGCAGAAGCUUUGGGGUAUAAUAGCAUGUGUGGCUGUUUGGACAAUUGCUGCCGCCGAAAUCACGCCCAUGUUGACAAUGAUAUCUUUGACAGAAAAAAACAACAACACCUACUGCUUGGACUUUGCGAGCACCAUAGCGUAUAACUUUGAGGAUACUGUCGAUGUGCGUUGGUAUAGCUGGCUGCUAACUGCGGUCGGAUUCCUACUGCCCCUAGUGGUGGUGUUCCUGUGUUACAUUGGUAUCGUGAAAAAGCUGGCGGACGGGCCGUACACCACCACUCCCAAUCGGAUGCGAGCGCGUCGAGUGACUGUACUGAUCCUGGUGGUGUUUGUUGUGUGCUUUCUGCCGUACCACAUGCUGCGCGCUCUGCGAAUAGAAACUCGAAUGAUGCAGGAGGCCCCAUGCAUGGUGGAGCGGAUUGUCCAUGCUGUAUAUAUAAUCUCGAGGCCUCUGGCUGGUUUCAACACGUUCUUUAACCUGGCUCUGUACACUCUCUCAGGUGACAAGUUCAGGGGUGCGUUUGUCACCAUUUUUUAUCAGAAAUCUUGGCUGAGCAAGGCCACAUCCCUGUUUCAGUUGGCCAUUAUCAGUAAAGAACCCAGUGGCACGCCCACUAUAUGAGCCUACUGUAAAGAUUAAAUGUAUUGGACCUUUGUGUAAAUUUAAUAUUAUAACUAUAACGUUUGCAUGGCAAAUUAGACCCGCACUAUAAUCUUGCGGCUGUAUGUCAUGGAGUCUUUUGUUUGCCAAAACGUUGUGCUCAUAAAAGGAAGUUUGCAUUUUUCAGUUGUGGUAUUUCCUCUAAGGAAUGACGCACGAUGCAGCAAAUAAGCUCUUUGGUUUGAAUACAACACAAUGUAAAUAACUCUGAGGCUGUGAUAUUUAAAA